UGAGGGUGUCAGGAGGGUGGAAAAGCAGCUCCCAUGAUUUGGGUCGGUUCAGGUUUAAGCUUCAUCUGCUGUUUCUUCAUCUUUCGGAGAGGGCAGCGAUGCCGAAGACCGGAUUGGGCUGCGAGCCGGUGGUGGGCUCGCUGACGGCGUCGAGGAAGAGGGAGUAUAAGGUCAGCAAUCGCGUCCACGAGGGGAAGCGCCCCCUCUACGCCAUCGCCUUCAACUUCAUCGACGCCCGCUACUACGACGUUUUCGCCACUGUCGGCGGCAAUCGGGUAACUGUGUAUCGUUGUCUUGAAGGAGGUAUCGUUGCCAUAUUGCAGGCGUAUGUUGAUGAAGAUAAGGAUGAGUCAUUCUAUACGUUGAGUUGGGCAUGUGACACCGAUGGCACCCCAUUUUUGGUAGCUGGUGGAAGCAACGGAAUCAUCCGUGUCAUCAAUUCUGGCACCGAGAAGAUACACAAGAGUUUUGUUGGUCAUGGAGACUCUAUUAAUGAAAUAAGGACCCAAGCAUUGAGACCUUCUCUAGUGGUGUCUGCAAGCAAGGAUGAGUCAGUCCGGUUAUGGAAUUUACAUACAGGAAUUUGUAUACUGAUAUUUGCUGGAGCCGGUGGUCACAGAAAUGAAGUGUUGAGUGUUGACUUCCAUCCCUCUGACAUAUACCGAAUAGCUAGUUGUGGUAUGGAUAAUACUGUCAAGAUCUGGUCAAUGAAAGAGUUCUGGACAUAUGUUGAGAAAUCAUUCACUUGGACAGACUUACCAUCAAAAUUUCCAACCAAAUAUGUGCAAUUUCCGGUGUUUAUUGCCUCAGUUCACUCCAACUAUGUGGACUGCACUAGGUGGCUUGGUGAUUUUGUCCUAUCAAAGAGUGUUGACAAUGAAAUUGUUCUGUGGGAGCCAAAAACCAAGGAACAAAGUCCUGGAGAGGGUGCUGUUGACAUUCUUCAGAAAUAUCCAGUUCCUGAAUGUGAUAUCUGGUUUAUCAAGUUUUCGUGUGAUUUUCACUAUAAUGCUGCUGCAAUUGGGAACAGGGAAGGAAAAAUUUUUGUUUGGGAGCUUCAGUCAAGCCCACCUGUCCUAAUUUCAAGGUUAUCUCACGCACAAUGCAAGUCUCCAAUAAGGCAGACAGCAAUGUCAUUUGAUGGAAGCACUAUACUUAGCUGUUGCGAGGAUGGUUCCAUAUGGCGUUGGGAUAUGGUGUCAUGAAGAUGACGUUUUGCUUGAUCUUUUAGCAUGGCCUCGGAUCACAGGGCUUCUCUCCAUGGUCCAUUAUCUACUUCGCAUGUAUCAAAGAGGACCUAGUUCUAUAGUUUCUAGGGUAAAUGUAUCAUCGCUGGAAGCCAUGUCUUCUUGCGCCUAAUUUUCGGUCUGUCUUGUUGACAUUGUUGCGUGUUAUUUUAAUUUAAAUGCACAUUAUAAAUUCUAUUUGAUUUUUUUCCAUGAUGUUAAACGGGGUUGUCUUAUGCAAGAAAAGUGUGUUUGCCAACGCAUUUUUCACAUUUUA